GUGAGUGGUGUCGUGUGGUGGUCGUCGUUUUCACGCGGACUAUGCUCCUUCUUCCAUCGAUACUUGUCCAGUUUUUGUUUCAGUUCUGUUUUACUUCAACUACACGCCGCUUCCAAUCUUCAAACUCUAUCGGAUUCGAUUUAGGAAGCAAAAAUCAAUGCAUCGAAACCCUUCAACGUUUUCAUCGCAGAUGGAUAUGAAUCCUCCGUUUCCAGAGCAUGAGCAUCUGAAUUGCCCUCGAUGCAAUUCCAGCAACACCAAAUUCUGUUAUUACAACAACUACAAUCUCUCACAGCCUCGUCACUUCUGUAAAAACUGCCGGCGGUACUGGACCAAAGGCGGCACUCUGCGUAACAUCCCGAUCGGUGGCGGCAUCCGCAAAGCCACCAAACGCUCUUCAAAUCCAAACAAACGCACAUCGCCGACGACGCAACAACCACCUCUACCACCAACACCUGCUGCUGCACCUCCACUUCCACAGAAACAGCAACCACGUGUUGUUUAUGGAUAUGGUAAUAAUCUGGAUUUGGAAUCUAAUGGUGGAAAUUUGAGCUCAGUGUUGGGAUCAAAUCAUAUGGGACCUUUUGGGAAUUUGUUAAUGGAUGGUUUGAGUUCCAAUUUGGCGAGUAAAUCCGAUGAUGAUGUUUUGAUCCGAAACCCGAUUGCAGAUGAUUUUGGAAGCAACUUUUUGGUCAGAUUGAAUGGUAGCAAUAAUCCGAACGCAGUGAGAGAAGAAUCGAGCUGUUGGAGUCGGGAAGAGAAUGGUUGGCCUGAUCUUUCUAUUUUCACACCAGGUUCAAGCUUCCAUUAAAUUAAGUUUUAAUACUAAUCUACUCUCUUCAGUUAAGCAACAUUAUUCCAUUAUGUAUAAAAAACCCGGUCCACAACAGACAAAGAAUCGGCUUUUUCCUAUUAUAUCGAUUGGUAUAGCGGUUUCUUUUUGGUUGGUAUAAUGUAUAAUUGUAUAUAGAUCGGUUCUAUGAUUUCGUAA